AUGCGCACCUUGCACACAGUCAUUGUCACUUUGACGUGCCAAUUGGCCCUGUGUUCUCAAAUCUUUCCGCGAGUUGAAAAUUCUUGGUCCGAUGCAUCGAUCAAGGCCAGCGAGUUUGUCGCCAACUUGACGCUGACGGAAAAGAUUGGCAUCGUGUCCGGAGGAUACCUGAGUCCGGCGCCAGCUUGUGUCGGUUCGAUAGGGCCCAUCUCGCGCCUUAACUUUUCCGGCCUCUGUUUCUCUGAUGGGCCAAGUGGUUACGCACGUUCCGAUGGCGUCAGUGUAUUUCCGUCUGGUAUUACAAUUGCUGCAACAUGGGAUCGUGAUCUUGCGUAUCAGCGAGGCGUAGCACUAGGUGAAGAAUUCCGAGCCAAGGGUUCUCAUGUCUAUUUAGGGCCUUCCACUGGUGCGAUGGGUCGUCACGCCCGUGGUGGGAGAAACUGGGAAGGCUUUGGUCCGGAUCCUUACCUCGCGGGCGUAAUUACGAAUACCUCCGUCCUAGGCGUUCAAUCAACUGGUGUCCAAGCAUGCACCAAGCAUCUCGCGGGCAAUGAGCAAGAAACUCAGAGAACCUCGACAACCGAUUCAAACGGCACGGUUACGGAAGCGAUCUCGUCCAACAUUGAUGACCGAACUUUGCACGAACUGUAUCUUUGGCCAUUUGCGAAUGCAGUCAAGGCAGGCACAUCUUCGAUUAUGUGCUCCUACAAUCGUCUUAAUGGAAACUAUACGUGUGCAAACUCUGACCUACUUACCACUUUUCUCAAAGACGAAUUAGCAUUCCCUGGUUAUGUCACGUCCGAUUGGUACGCCACCCACGGGACAGAGGAUUUCGCCAAUGCCGGACUUGACAUGGAACAGCCAGGAAACGUCAGCUCUCUGGCCGGUCCGUCCUACUUUGGCGGUUUGCUACUUGAUGCAAUCAAUAACGGCUCUGUAUCAGAAGAUCGGCUCAAUGACAUGGCUGAGAGGGUAAUGACUCCUUACUUUCUUCUUGGCCAGGACCAGGAUUUCCCAUCGGUCGAUCCUUCUGCCGGUGCAGUUUUCUUGACGUAUCAAUACGGCCAAAACUCCCCACUCGCUGCCUACUACCCAGCAGUUGAAGCGCGGGAUGUGCGAGGGGAUCACGCCAGCUUGAUUCGCAAAAUUGGCGCCGCAGGGACAGUGCUAUUAAAAAAUGUCAAUAACACGCUACCGCUGAAGAACGUGUCCAAUAUUGGUAUCUUUGGAAAUGGCGCCGGUUACCCCAUCGACGGCUCAGUGUUCCUCGACUAUGGCGAUCAUCCAGAAGGCUUCGAGUACGGCACUUUGGAUAUCGGCGGAGGUUCGGGGACCGUGCGACAUACCAACCUCGUCACCCCUCUACAAGCUGUGCAAAGUCACGUCGCAUCUAUUGGCGGCCGUACCCAGGUCAUUCUCAACAACGAUGUACUGGCCGAGGGACUCUUCAAGACGAUCUAUCCUGUCCCUCAAGCGUGUCUCGUCUUUCUCAAGGCUUACGCCACAGAAGGAUCAGACAGGUCCUCGAUCGACUUGCCGUGGAACUCCACAGCGGCAGUAGAGAAAACGGCUGCCAUGUGCUCAAACACGAUUGUCGUCAUUCAUGGGCCCGGUGUGGUUCUCAUGCCGUGGGCUGACAACGAGAACGUGACGGCCAUCUUGUCGGCGCAUUACCCCGGAGAAGAAAUCGGCAAUUCCCUAGUCGAUGUUCUUUGGGGCGCCGCCGAGCCGUCUGGAAGGCUUCCUUAUACCAUACCGAGGAACUUGUCAGAUUACGGGCCCGAUAUUGUAGAAUCGCCAGCAGAAGACAGCACAUGGCAAGCAGAUUUCAACGAGGGCCAGUUGAUCGACUACCGCCAUUUUGAUGCUGAUAAUGUCGAUCCCCAUUUUGAAUUUGGCUUUGGUCUAUCUUACACCUCGUUUGAGAUGGUUGAUGGACUACAAGUCAACGUAAAUGAAAAUGUAUCAGCACUUGCGGACGAAUCUAUGGGAACGCAGCCCGGUGGCCUCGUCGAUUUGUGGACUCUUGUCGCACAAGCAGCUGUUGAAAUAACAAAUACCGGCACUAUUACAGGUAUCGCUGUCCCACAACUAUACAUUUCAUUCCCUCAAGACACGACGCCAGCAGGAACUCCGGUCAAGGUGCUCAGGGGCUUUACUAAAGUUGCCUUGGAUGCCGGAGAGACCACGACAAUCAAUUUCGAACUGACGAGAAGGGACUUGAGCUUUUGGGACUCUGACACGAAGCAGUGGGUCAUACCUCAAGGAGAAUUUGUCUUCAUGGCGGGUUUUAGUUCGAGAGAUAUCAAGAGCACAAUUCAAACAGCGAUGUUGAGUUAG